AUGGCCUGUGCCCUUCUCUUUCGGCUUCUUCUACUUACGGCCCUGCCGACCUCCUCUCAAGGCAACCACUUGGGCCCCACAUCGCGUCUGCGUUAUUCCACGUUCCUAGAUCCUUCUAAUGUCAUUUUCCUACACUGGGACUUUGACCUUGAGGCUGAGAUCAUCACUUUUGAGCUCCAGGUCCGGACAGCUGGCUGGGUGGGCUUGGGUAUCACAAAUCGCUACACCAGAGUGGGAAGCGAUCUGGUUGUUGGAGGAGUCUCGCCGGACGGCAAUGUCUAUUUCUCGGAUGAGCACCUGGUGGACGAAGACGCUCUGGAGGAGGACGGGAGCCAGGACGCGGAGCUGCUGGCACUGACAGAAGACGCCGUCUAUACCACCAUGCGCUUCUCCAGGCCCUUCCGCUCCUGUGACCCUCAUGACCAAGACAUCACGAGUGACACUGUGAGGGUGCUUGCCACCUACGGCCCAGAUGCCACUCUGAAGCUGGACUGGGAGUGUACUUUUGUGAAGUCCAUCUUCCUGCUCCAAAUCGUCCACCCCGAUGAUCUCGAUGUCCCCGAGGACACCAUCAUCCAUGACUUGGAGAUCACUGAUUUCCUCAUCCCAGAGGAUGACACCACGUAUGCCUGCACCUUCCUCCCUCUCCCCAUCGUUAGCAAGAAGCACCAUAUCUACAAGUUUGAGCCCAAGUUGGUCCAUCACAAGGAGACGAUGGUGCACCACAUCGUGGGGUACGCCUGCGGCAAGGCCAGUGCUCUCCCCAAGGGCAUCAGCGACUGCUACGGGGCCCACCCCGCCUUCUCCCUCUGCUCGCAGGUCAUCGUGGGCUGGGCUGUCGGGGACACAAGUUACCAGUUUCCAGGUGAUGUGGGUAUCUCUAUUGGGACGCCUCUGGACCCCCGGUGGGUCCGACUGGAGAUUCACUACAGCAAUUUCCACAGUCUUCCUGAUGUGUACGACUCCUCGGGGAUUCGAGUGUACCUCACGGCGCAGCUGCGCAAAUAUGACAUGGGUGUCCUGCAGCUGGGCUUCUUCACUUUCCCCAUCCACUUCAUACCCCCGGGCGCCGAGUCCUUCGCGUCCUACGGGCUGUGUAAGACGGAGAAGUUUGAAGAGAUGAACGGGGCCCCGGUGCCUGACAUCCAGGUCUGCGGCUACCUGCUCCACACCCACUUGGCUGGCCGCACUCUGCAGGCCGUGCAAUACAGAAAUGGAACACAACUCCAAACAAUCUGUAAAGAUGAUUCCUACGACUUCAAUCUGCAGGAGACUCGAGAUUUACCUUCUCGAGUGGCCAUCAAGCCGGGAGAUGAAUUGCUGGUAGAGUGUCACUACCAGACGCUGGACCGCGACUCCUUGACUUUUGUAAGGUGGCCCAGCACCGUUAAUGAGAUGUACCUCAUCUUUCUCUUCUACUAUCCCCGAAACAACAUCUCCAGCUGCAUGGGGUACCCUGACAUCAUCUACGUGGCCCAUGAGCUGGGGGAGGAGGCAUCAGACUCCAUGGAGGGCAUGAUGGCCACGAACAAGGUGGAGUGGACCCCGGAGAACAUCAAAAAGGCUGAGAAGGCGUGCAAGGAGGCCCAGCAGACGGUGAUAAUAAAGACCAUUGACGAGCUAGUGGAAAACACAACAGGCUGGAUUCCGGAAAUCAUCCCUGCUCUCCGGGGUCCUUGCUUGGAGUCCUCCAGAGGCAAAGUGGAGCCCCAGGACAGAACCCCUGCAGGCUUCAGGGCUGCCCCCAUGGCCCUCUCGGGCUCCAGCACUGCCACACCAAGGCGCCUCCCCCUGACUGCCCUCUUGUUUGGCUUGGGCGUGGCACAGAGUCCAUAA